AUGCGAUUGACAGAUCCGGAAAAAUAUUUCAAUUACUUCAGAAUGUCACCAACAAUAUUUAACGAAUUACUCAAUAUUGUUGGUCCACUAAUUGAAAAACAACAUGUAGUUCGAAAACCAAUACCAGCCAGAACAAGAUUAGAAGUGACUCUACGAUGGUUGGCAUCUGGCGAUAGCAUGACAUCGCUAUCGUACGCUUUUCGCAUUGCCCAAUGUACGCUAUCACAAAUUAUUCCGGAAACAUGUCAAGCAAUUUGGAUCUCUUUACAGGAGAAAGUUAUGAUUGACCCGACUGAAGAAAACUGGAAUACAAUUGCAAGAGACUUUGAAGCAAUAUGCCAAUUUCCAAACUGCAUAGGCGCUAUCGAUGGAAAGCAUGUCAUAAUUCAGGCACCGCCUCGUAGUAGUUCGUGCUACUACAACUAUAAAGGAAAUCACAGCAUAAAUCUGCUCGCAGUAAGUGAUGCCAAGAACCGCUUCGUCAUUGUUGAUAUUGGAGCUGAAGGAAGGCAAAGCGACGGAGGCGUUUUUGAAAACAGUGGAUUACCAUAUAUACUUGAAACAAAUGCUCUUCAUAUCCCUCUACCAAGGCGUUUGAAUGAUACAGAUUUGGAAUUUCCGUACGUUUUGCUGGGAGAUGAGGCUUUUCCUUUGAGCACAUAUAUGAUGCGACCAUAUCCUCGUAGUGGGCGACUAAAUAUUAGUAGAAAAAUUUUCAAUUACCGCUUGAGUCGAGCAAGGAGAACUGUUGAAUGUGCUUUUGGGAUUUUGGUUGCAAGAUGGAGAAUAUAUCGUCAACCUAUUAUUGCAAACACAUCUACUGUCGUAAAAGCUGUGCAGGCAACGAUUGUCUUGCAUAAUUUUUAAUAUUAAUAAGGAAAUGGAAGUAGAACUUGCAGAAAGAAGAUACAGUAAUAUACAAGAACAUGACUUUCUGGCUACAAGUAACGGACUUAGACGUGCAAGUUAUACAAAUUCUUCACAAAGGUCUAUAGCAAUGAAAAUUCGAGACAACUUUACUUAUUAUUUUGAGCAUGUCAAUCCUUUAUCGUGGCAAUUGGACAAAGUUCUAAAUAACGACUUUUGACACAUUAUGUAUAAAUUAUAAGUUUUAAAUAUUACGUAAUGACUUG